CUUAUAUGUCACAGGAAACAAAAAGAAGUUAAUCCCAUGAAAUGCUCUUUUUUCAUGGGAAGUGUGAAAAAUCGUCAUUGUGGAAAAUUAGGUUUCUGUAACAUAAGCAUGAGGGUAAUAUGGAAUAUUCAAGUUAAUAAUCAUGGGUUUGGACUCUGAAUCUGGAAAAAUAUCAUGUGAGGAGUCUGGUAUCGUAACAGCACUGAAAAUGGUGGAAGAGGAUGCAGUGGAGACUAAUGAAGGGCAGAUUGCAAAGACUCUUUCUGUAUGCCCAUAUGAAGGAUACAAACAGGGAUGUGUUAAUAACUAUAUGAUAUUGCAAAGAAGAAAGGAGCUUGUGCCUGAUGAAGCAGUGAGUUCUGUAAUGCCAGAGUUUGUGCGUGAUACAUGCAAGAAAAGUCUCAAGAAAGGCAACUUGGAGCGUGUUUCUAAUCACCAAGAGCUGUGUGAAAGGAAAAAAUCUGCUUCCAGUAAAUGUAAUGAACAUGUUAAUAGUGAAACUAACAGGCAAAAAUAUGUGUCUCUUCAUCACAGGAAAGAGUUCUUUUGUGAUAUAUGUAAGAGAAGAUCUGAGUCUAAGGAACUCAUGCAGAGACACAUGUCUCUUCAUCAAGGAGAAGGAUACUCAUGUGACAUAUGCAGGAAAGUGUUCACCUCAAAGUAUUAUUUGAGAAACCACAUAAAUCUUCAUUAUGGAAGAGGAUUCACUUGUGACAUAUGCAACAGAAUGUUCCCAAACAAGCGUAACAUGCUCAGACAUAAGUCUCUUCAUAAUGAAGUUAAGUUGGCUUGUGACAUAUGCAAGAAAAAUUUUACAAAAAAUGAAUGCAAGGAGAACCACAUUUGUCUUCAUGAUGGAAAAGUGUUUGCAUGUGAUAUAUGUAAAACAGUGUUCUUAACAAGGCAAAACAUUCAGAACCACAUGUUUCAUCAUGUGAAGGUGUUUCCUUGUGAAAUAUGCAAGGAAGUGUUAACAAAAGAGGAAUUUGUGCAGAAGCACGUGUCUUUUGCUGAAGCAGACGGGUUUCUGUGUGACUUAUGUAAGAAAAUGUUCACAAAUAAGGCCAACUGGUCUAGACACAUGUCGCUUUGUAGAGGAGAAGAGUUGCGUUGUGACAUAUGCAAGAAAAUGUUCAGAAAAAAGGAAUCUCUGCAGAACCACAUGUCUCGUCAUCAUGGAAAAGGGUUUGCAUGUGACAUAUGCAAGGAAGUUUUCACAACCAGUGAGAACAUGCGUAUACAUAUGUCUGUCCAUAAAGUGGAAAAACUUCCUUAUGACACAUGCAAGUCAGUGUUUACAAGAAGGGACUGCCAGGAAGGACAGGUAUCUCUUCGUAUUGGGGAAGAUUUUCCUGUUGACAUAUGCAAGGAAGAUGUUGAAGUACAAAGAUUUAAUACUGGUCACAGAGAAUCAUCUGAAAAUAGAAUAUUCUUUUGUCACUUGUGCAAAAAAUAUUUCAAACUGGAGUUUGUUGAAAUACAUAUGUCUGUUCAUCAUGAAUUAUCUGGAGAAGGAUUAACUUGUGAUUGUUGCAAUAAAGUAUUCAUGGAAAAGACUAGUCUGUGGAGACAUUUGUUAAUUCGCAAGGAAAUGUCAGAAAGAAGAACGUAUUUCUGCCCCCAUAGGACCUGUUCAAAAUCCUUCAGAAGCAAUAGGAAACUCAUGAACCACAUCAAAAGUUUCCAUGAUGGAAAGAAAUUCGAAAGCACUCACAUGGGCCAAAUCAAGGAUGCGUCUUCCAAAGUAACUACUGCAUCUAAGGCUGGCAGGAAGAAAGGAGAAUGUCUGCAAGAAGAUAUUGAAAAUUUGCCUGCUCUGAUGGUUGCACCAAAAGAAUAUAAACAAAGGAAAAAAGGAAUGAAGACACAUGGUGAAAAUCCACUUACAACAUUAAUUACUUCACAAAAAUGUAUAAAUAAAAGAGAAUGGCUGAAGGAAAAAGAGAACAUUCUGCAUGAAUUACUGAAUUUAGAAUCUCCAAAAUCUAAAAGGGAAAGGAAUAAGACCUGCAAAAGUGUCACAAUUGAGGCUGUGCCAUUAGAUGAUGUACGGGAAAAUGGUGAUGCUGCAACAGCAGCGCUGCGGAAUGCAGAGGCACAAAAAAGAUAUAACGGAGUAGAUUCAUAUAAUUUUCUAACUGAUGUACGGGACUGGAUACAUGUUAUGAAAAGGAUAAUGGAAGAAAUGUUUCCCAUGGUUAAGCCUUCAUGUUUGUAAACAGCAAAUGUCAAUGGACAGUAUACUGCAUUGCAUUCUUAAUGCAGAAGGAAGGAUUGUGUGUGGAAGGCUGUCUUCUGCACGCGCAUAUUGCUGCUGAUAUCGUCUCUCCCUAAUGGACAUUAUUGUCCAGAGCACUAAAACUCUGCUGCCUGCUGCUGUGGAAACCUGAGGAUUUUCUCAAAAGUUUCACAGUGGAAAUGUCCUGAUAUAUGUGAUGAGGAGCAUUUUUCCCACAAAACAUUUUUAUGGUGACUACCUCAGCAUUGUAGGAGACAGGCUGAAAGAUACUCCUGUACUGUCUAAUUGCCAAGACCUAUACGACUUUUAUGAGGACCAGAAUUCUUAAUGACUGACAUCAUCAAGAAGCAUAGAUAUUGGUUUGCCAUGUUGAAUGUUACUUGCGCUGUUGUAUGGUUCUUUAUGUUCACAGUUAAUUUGUACCUUAUUAUGUCGAUCAAAUUCAAUUCAUCUUUGUAUAGUGCUCAAUACUCGGCCUAAAUAUUUUGUCUAUUAUACCCUACACUACAAUUUUAAGCAAUUAUAAACACCAGAUGAUGGUUGCAAAUGACUGAAACAUGCAGCAAAAUAACACCUUAAUAAAGCUGAGUUUAUAUACAAUAAUUUAGUAAAACAAUCAAAUUGUUGUGAUUGACAGACAUAUUCAUGUAGAAGCAAUAAAUGUUCACCAUUUUUGCA